AUGGCGGCCCUAGUGGGCCGGCGGUGUCCCUCGCUGUGGUGGCCCGCUGGGCGGAAGGCGGUCCGGGCCAGCUCCGCUGGUAGAGGCGGCUCAUGGACCGGGAAGGAACAAGUAAGCGCUGGCUCCUCCCGGUACUCUCGCACGGCGUUGUACGACCUGCUGGACGUCCCGGUCACGGCUACGCAGGCGCAGAUCAAGGCAGCCUACUACCGGCAGAGCUUCCUCUAUCACCCUGACCGCAACUCGGGCAGCGCGGAGGCGGCGGAGCGUUUCACGCGCAUCGGCCAGGCCUACAUGGUGCUGAGCAGCAUCGCGCUGCGUCGCCAGUACGACCGCGGCCUGCUGGGCGCCGAGCACGCGCAAGUCGUCACGCACGCGCCCCCAUCGCCUCGGGCCCAGCGUCCCGCGUCUGUGCACUCCGCCUACGGCCCCCAGCGCGCACGGCCCGCCCCCGGCGGCCAGCACAUGUUUGAUUUCGACGCCUUCUACCGUGCGCACUACGGGGAGCAGCUGGAGCGCGAGCAGCGGCUGCGGGCGCGGCGCGAGGCCAUGCGUAAAGCCCGCGAACUGCGCGAACGCUCGGGCCUGCGCUGGGAUGAGAGCAUGCUCCUAGGCCUGAUAGUGCUGCUGGGCUUCGUGGGCUUGUCGCACCUCAAGUAGCUGGACGUGACCCGGGGCUUCAGUCCAGCCCUGCGGCCUGGAGCAGGACGUGGGGGGCGGGGUCCCCAAAGCCAAAUGAACCAUGUCUCAAUGCAUCCUCGAGCUUCUGUCUUUGUUAUCAGUCACUGGCUGCAGCCUCCGGCCGGUCCGUCACCAUAAGAAAUGGCAGCGGCCUCUGCUGCCAUCCCUGGGUCUGUGUGGCCUCGCACCAGUUGUAGAUGUCUUUGCCCAGCGCCUGCACGGAAGCAGUGGCUGAAUCGGAAGACCCUCUGGGGCCCUUUGUGUUUCUGAGAUUUUAUUGGAGCGGAUGGUGCCAAGGAAGCCGUGGGUGCUUUCUCUCCUAGCCACUUUACACAAUAAAAAAGUAUUCUCGAGCACCGACUGUACUGCUCACUAGUUGACUAUGCAGGUUUGAUGCUGUGCAGGCAGUGCCCACGGCUGGAGAAAUGGCACAAAAUUCGGGUCCCACUAAAAUGCAGAAGGGAUGGGGAACAGGGGGAUGGGACGGGCAAAGGAUGAGCCAGGUAUUAAACACCCAAAGCACCUCUUCUGUAAAUGGUGGCUCAAAUGUCAGGCUCCACAGUUCCCUGCAAAGGUACCUCAGACAUUGUGAGAUGUGGUGUUUGGGUUUAAGUGGGACACUGAAAAGGUAGGGAAAUUACUGCAUCAGCCCAAGCAGGUGAGUGCCGUCUGUUCAGUAAUGGUGCUGGAGAAGGAAAAGAAACUCAGAUAAACCAAGUUUAUCAACAGGGAGGACUGAAUGGCGUUUAUGCCCCUGACAAAUUGUGGAGUCAAAAGAAGCAAGUUUAAGGGGAAUGAUGAGUAGGCAGCUCUGUUUUAGACUUAACUGAGUUUGGGCAUUCAGUGGGGGAUGAGGGUAGCUUAAGUGAUGGGUUUGGAACUUGGGAGAAAGGUCAAGAGAAAGAUUUAGAAACCAUCUGCUUAACCAUGUGAUUGAAGCCCUGCAAAAUCACCAAAAGCUGGAGGUCCAGGACCACCUCUCCUGAAAUUGAUAAGUGUGAUAGAAGGAAGAAGUAUUCAGAAGGAAGUCUUCUUUGUCCCCUAGGAAAAGGAAAUGGAGGCCUUUGCUGAUCUUACUUAAGCCAGCCUGUUCCAGCCUGGUUUGGGGGAGAGACAGAUCUCAAAUGCAGCUGAGUUAAGGCAGUAUCUGUUAAGAGUUAAGGAGUAUCUGUCACUGAAAAGAUGGAGUCGGUCCAAAAUCAGCAGGGCUUCAUCCAAAACAGCUGUUUGCCUGGUCAGGAGAUUAGCUCCCUUGUAGUUGUAUUUCAAUUCCCUGUUCAAAUCUGUGUCCUUGGGCCCUUUCUCGUGUGUCAGACUUCUCUGUCCCUUUAAAUAUCCCAGGUGUCUCAGACAAGACUGCUUCGUUUUUGGCCUUACCUUUCCUGGGUGUCUUUGAAUGAGUCCUUCCUAUGUCAUGUGCCUGUCCCCCAGCCCAAGGACCAGGCAAAUAAGCAUCAUCUUUUCCAGUCCUGUGGAGUGGUAGAGAUUGGGGAGAACAUGACAGUCACUUAAAACAGCUUGAGAUUUGGAAUGGCGAAGGUUAAAACUGGCAUUAGAAUCAGCUUCGGCAGCCAGGGUCACUCAGCUGACAGAGACAAGGUGGGACUUGAAUAUCUGGCACCUCUAGAAGGCAUUUCUGAGUCCAGAAGGAUUAUCUUAAUGCUUUAAACAUUUCUCCAGGAUAGGAUCAUUCCUCUAAUCUCUACACUUGAAAAAAUAAGGUCCAUCUUGACCUAGUCUGUUUUCCCUAUCCCUUGGUGCUGCCCUCCCUCAUUUACCUUGGCUCUCUCAAACUGGAUUCCCACCCUAAAAUCAAGAGUGUGGUGUGACAUCAACAGCUUCUUCUGUUAAAUGCUCAUUGUCACUUGUAACAGCAGCAGCUGGUGUUCAUAGAACGUUCACCUUAAGGUUUAUGAAGCACUUUCACUACAACCCGCUGGAGUGAGCAGCAGAAGUACAGUUGCCUUAUUUUACAGCUAAAGAAAUAAGAGUCAGAAGGUAAAGGGCUGGACUGGCUAAAGGAAGUCACCCAAGCAACACGUGUCAGAAUCACAGUUUGUGAGCCAAAGAUUUCCUGGUGUUCUUCCCAAUACUCCCUGGGACUGAUGGAGUGAGAGAGGAGUGCCCCUAAGAAUGGGAGCACAGCACUUCUCUGCUUUUCUGUUCUGUGAAGCCCAGAGGCCUUUGCCAAAGUGCUGUAGCCAUGGACUCGUUUCCCAAAGCCACCAUCCAGGCGCUGUUUCUAAGUGAUGUUGCCUGGGCCCUUCCUGUCCCUAGGAUCCUAAGAGCAGCCUCGGCAGACUGAACAUUCCCAAGAAGAGCAGGGUGUCUCCCUGCCCCUUUUAGCCUCAAAUUCUACCCAAUAGGAGGAAACAAUUGGCUUGGGAAGAAGGCCAGAAGCUAAAAGUGCAUUCCCUCACAGGGUCCUGGGCUGCUGCAUAAUCAGAACACAGAUUUUGGAAGAGGGAAGCAGCAAUCUUUGUGUUGUCAUCCUAGUUAAAAUUGCAGUCAUUCAAUAGUUCCAUGAAGGCUAAAAGUGGUAGAUGUACUCUGACCUCAGAGUUUCCAUUCUCUCGCGUAUAAUACAUAUGUAGGGAAGCCAGUGCAGACUGGAAGCAAAAGAAAUGCAGUGAUGGGAGGGAUGAGACAACUGGGGAGCACCUCAAGGGAAGUGAUGUUUGCACAGAUCAGCGAAGGGCCCUGGCUUGGAGCAUGGGAUGGGGCGUCACCGGGUAAAAGUGCCAAGGUGGGAGGCAGAAUGUUGUGAGACCAGGCAGUUGAUUCAUUUGGCUGGCGGUAGUGUGUGAGGGAGCCAGAUGUGCCAGACCUGGUCAUAGAUGCCAACGAGGAGUCUGUAUUUUAUACCAGAAGCAAUGGGAAGACACUGAGGUUUCUUGAGUGAAGAAGUGACAGAUGUGCACUAAUUAGGGAUGUCACUUUGGCAGCUGUUCAGAUGGCAAGCGGAGUGGGGAGAGAGACUGAGUCCACAGAGACCCUUUGGGAGGCCAUUGUGGUGGUGCAUGGAAGAGGCGUGAGCAGAGAAGGAAGGAUGGGUGGGGGCAGUGGGGAGCAUGGUGGCAAGCACCCAAGGAGAGUAUGUGUUCUGGGGGAGCCUGCCUCCCACCUCAUCCCCUGAUUAGGAUCAGAGUAUUUGGAGCUGGCUGAGUCAGAAGGAAGCCCGAUUCCCAUUUCCUUUGGAAGCUCCGCUCUGAUUCACUAGGUAUCUUUGGCUGAAUCCUCCCACUUUGUGCCCUCAGGACUAGCCAGUCUGAGCUCAUUCCCCACAUUCUUUCCUGUAGUUUUAAAGAUUGAUGGUUCAUCCCUCUAACAUCCUUCCUACCGCAGAUCAGAUUUCAGCUCCUUGCUCUUCUUUCCAUGUCACUGACCAAUAAUACAUUUCAAUUCAGUUCAAUGUGUUCCAGACACUGUACUCUUCUCUCCCAAUGCUCUCCUCAGUAUCUCAGCUUGGCAUGGAGGAGACGACCAUAAACAGCCGGUGACUUCUGCCUCCCAAGUGAGAAAGGCUUCAAGUAUAGCUUGAACACCAAGUUCAGAGAGAGUCAUUCGUGUCGGCCAGAAGAUGCCGGGGUCUUCAGUCACCUACUGACAAGGGGCAUAAGCCCCAGGUUGGGUCCCAGCUGCCUUGGACAGCUCAGCCAACCUCAUCCAAUGGGGAUAAUAUUGCCAACGAUACUUCUUAAAGUGGCAAUGAAAUAAAAUUCUAAACCAUAAAGUGUUAUAUAAAUGUGACCUGUCAUUGAAAGUGCUGAUAAACUAAUAUGAAAAGAUUGGAGAAAGAAGGGUUGGGUGAUGGAGCUUAAAGCCCGGAAAGAUAGGUUCUGUUCUUCCUGUCUAUUUCCCAUGAUAUAUAUAUUUCUUAUGGAGAUAGCCUUAUUUCUGUAUUUGUAGCCAUGGUGUCUUGCAUAGUUCCUGAUACUUAGACACAUAAUAAAUAUCUAUUAACUGA